CUCAAUAAAAAAAUUAUUUUUAUAUUUUGUAUUUAUCUCCAAUUUAAUUUUUAUAAAUUGUGAAGACUAUAAAUGCCCAAGAAACUCUGUAAAUUCCGUUCCUUUCCCCUUAGAAGUAAUAAUGAAUGUAGAUGAAGUAUCAAAUUUGCAACAUCAACCUUUUACAAUAUCUUUAACUGGAAAUGUUUGUAAUUCGACUUUAACCAAUACCCAAGUUUAUACAUUUGGUUAUGGAAAUGGCCCUGAAUGCAAUUUAGGCUCCCUAUAUUACUCUCUUCAACUCUCUGGUAAUCUUGAAAUGAAUGAUAAGGAUGGAAAUACUAUUUACAAUCAAAGAGAAAACUAUGUAACAAUUUCAAAAAAUCCAUCAAAUAACUAUUAUAUAAUGAAAAUAUUCAGCAAUUCAGACAAUUAAUGAUUGAAUUAUUAUAAUAUUUUUAUUUAAAAUUUAUUAAAUAAAAUAUUUCUUUUUCAGGGUUCUACUUAUUUAUUUAAUAAAAUAUUUAUUUUUUUUCCGAGUAGCACCU